CCGACAGUGGACUUUUUUAGUUAACUAUGUUCAGUUCACUAGAAGAUUCAUGAUUAAAGAAUGUCCAUGGCAAAUAAAAGAGAAUUAUAUAAGAAUAUAUUUUUUACACUAAUACUUUUUGCGGUUAAUCUGUUUGGCUGAUUAGUGUGACUCAAAUGACUGAAUGAGCCUUGUGCUUUAAGCAAAAUAUGAGUGUAUUAGUCAUACUAAUCAACACCCUGUUCAAGCUGUCCUCAGAAAAUUUUGGCUAUCAGCAUGUGAAUAUCAUCAUAAUCACCAUCAUGGAUUCGAAUAAUUGAACAUGGGAAAUGAGAUGGGGAACCAAAACGUAACAGCGCUAAAAGCAGAAGAGAACACUGAAGCUGAAGCUCCGGAAAAAUCUUUGCAAGGAGCUGUUAUUGCAGAUGAAGUAAAGGAAGAAAAUCAAAUAGUUCCUGCAACUGAAAAUAGAGAAGUUCAUGAAAAAGUUAGAGAGUUGUCUUCUGAUGAUCCUUUGGAAGCUGCAGAUACUCGUGUGGACAAACAGACAUCGGAUGGAAGAGAGCAAGGUGACACUGAGCUUAUGCUUCCUCAAGUUCCCAUAGAGUCAAAUGAUGAAGUUAGUCAAGAGAGUGGAAUCAAAACAACUUCUUCAUUCAAAGAUGCAGAAGAUACUGAGAAGCCAAUUGAGUCAAAUUUGGAUGAGAAUCUGUUGGAAACAAGUGAUCAUCAAACACACAAACAAUCUUUCAUCAGAACAGAAACAGAGGAGGGAGAGAGAAGUGAGACCACUAUUGACAUGAUGUCUGUGGAUCAAAAGCUUGAUCAGAAUGAACUUGUUAAAGUUCAUGCUGAAGCACAAGUAGAAGAAGGCAGCUGCUGGCCACAGGAUGAGGAGGAAGAUAUAGGGAUGAGCCUUUCAUGUGACGAGGAGGACGAAGGUCACUUGUUGGAAACUGAAGCAACAAUUAGUCUAGCUGGCAUUGUUGCUUCUGAUACUGAUCUAGAUAUAGAAAAGAUAAAUGCUGAUUUGCUAUUAAAAGGAAUGGAACCUGAAGAAGAGAAAUCAGUAGGAGCAAGCAUCUGCGAAGAGAAAUGUGAAAUCAUAAGGGAAGAUGAGCAUGAUCAGAAUGAACUUGUUAAAGUUCAUGCUGAAGCACAAUUAGAAGAAGGCAGUUGCUGGCCACAGGAUGAGGAGGAAGAUAUAGGAAUGAUCCUUUCAUGUGAUGAGGAGGACGAAGGUCACUUGUUGGAAACUGAAGCAACAAUUAGUCUAGCUGGAAUUGUUGCUUCUGAUACUGAUCUAGAUAUAGAAAAGAUAAAUGCUGAUUUGCUAGUAAAAGAAAUGGAACCUGAAGAAGAGAAAUCAGUAGGAGCAAGCAUCUGCGUAGAGAAAUGUGAAAUUAUAAGGGAAGAUGAGGUUGGGAAUGGUUUGAGCAACGAAACAACUGUGACAUCAAUUUCUCAUGGUGAUUUUGGAAGCAUGAAUGAUGGAGAACUUCCUGCUGAGAUGAUUUUAAGCAGGAAUGGUUCCUCAGAAGCCAUUUCUCAGUCUAAUUCUUUGAAUUGCUUCCAUGAAGUUGUUCCUGAACCAGAUGACAAAUGCAUAGUUCUCACUGAAGAGGCAAAGUUGAUUGGGAGUGGAUCAGAAGAUGAGGACAUUUGUGAUCCUAAUCCGAUUCAGUUUAAUGAGCAAGCAAUGGAAGACUUGAAGAUUGAGAAGUUGGAUGCUUCUCAAUCUAUCUCGUCGCUGGUUGGGUCUAGUAGUGACAGUGGAAGUGAAAAUGAGGACAGGUAUGAUCCUAAUCCAAUUCAGUUAUAUGAGCAAGGUAUGAAUGAAUUGGAGGCCAUGAAAAUGAGUGUUUCGCAAUCUGACUCAUUGCUGGUUGGGCCUAAUAGUGACAAUGGAAGGGAAAAUGAGGACAGGUAUGACCCUAACUUACUUCAGUUUGAUGAGAAAACUAUGACUCAAUUGGAGGAUGAGAAAAAUGAUGCUUCUCAAUUUGACUUGUUGCUGGUUUACUCAAAUAGUGACAACGAAGGAGCAGACGAGAAAAAGUAUGAUCCUAACCCUAUCCAGAUUUAUAAGCAAGCCAUGAAUGAGUUGGAGACUCAGAAAAUGGUUGCUUCUCAAUCUUGCUCGGCUCUCAUUUUGUCCAAUCAUGAUAGUAAUGGAAGGGAAAUUUUGGCUGAUUCUUCUUGCAGGCCUGGAAUUGGGGACAGUCAAAUCAAGAGAGAAGAGGUGGCUGAGAAUGGUUACCAAUCUGAAUUUUGUGAUGACAAGCUGAAUUCUGCUUCCGAGCAACAGCUCAAGGAUUCAGAAGAAGCAAUUGAAUUGGUACCUGAAAUUGGAACAGUUCCGACAGAAUUAACUGUCAUGGAUUACAAACAAGACAAAGAGCAACCAGCAGAGAAUGCAAUCAUCGAUGAAAAAGAGGAGAAAGAAGAGAAUUCAGAGAGCAUUGGAAGUGAUGGAGAAGAAAGCAAAGCAAUAGAACAGCAUGCAUCUCAACCUCAAUCAGUGGAAGGCACGGCAAGCUUGCUGUCACCAUGUCCUUGUUCUCCACUCGAGCCCCAAGAUCACAAGGACACUGUAAAAGAAUCUGAGACUGGUGAAAAGAGGACUUCCUCAAGCAGAGAUUUGAUACAAGAGAGUUGCAGUGAAAUAUUUGUCAACAAAGCUUCCAUUGUUGACUGCACAAACUCAACCGAGAAAACUCUGAUCUCUGAAUUUGAAUUGGAGAAAGAGGAAGCUGCAGGGCAGGAUCUUCCACGUUGCUAUAUCAAAACACCAGUUGCAGAAACUGAAAGUCUGGUGAACCAGUCUACUGAUACAAUUGCGAGUGUUGGUUGUGGAGCACAAGAAAGAAUGGGAAAGCUGGGUAUUGAAUCCAAUCCCGAGAACCCAAUCAUUCACAUUGAGGUUAGAAAAGCUCCAAGCUUUGAUUUUGAUGUCUCUCUUGGAGCAAGGUGUGAAGAAUCUGAUCAGACCCCAUUACUGCGUCAUGACAAGAUUGCAACCAGACGGUUCCUGAGCCAGGACAGUUUGGACUUCGGAAACUUAACAACAAAAGCUGAAUAUGGUGGAGACUUGCUGAAGUAUCAAGCAAUGCCAGUGGAAGAGAAGACUAUUAAAAUGGAAAGAAGCGAUUCAGAGAAGUUGAAAACUCCAUUUCUGAGCAUGUUGAAAGGAGAUGGACAAACCAAUGUUGUGGUUUCACCUAAGAAACAGGAUAGUCAUGUCUCUAUUAAGACUAAGGAAGUGGCAAUUACUUCAUCAAAAGGGAGUGGGAAGCGAAAGCCAAAAGCUUCCAUCUUCAGCACCUGCCUCUGUUGUGCAGCAUCAAUCCAUUGAAUCCCAUUCAGAUUACUUAUUUUUUUUCAGUUUCAUUGCUUCAUUUUUUGGGUUGCUUUUUGGUCCAAUUUAAGCUUUCUGAAAUGGAUUUUUUUUCAAAACCGAGAGUAUUGAAAUUUUUUCGACUACAAAAAAGUUGCAGCUGUGAUUAUUCAACGCUUGUAAUUUAUCCCUAUAUUUCUUCUGUGUAUUAGAAUUGCAUUUUUUUAGUGGUUUAAGUUGUUAACUGAAACUUUUUAUGUAAUAUAUAUUUUUGUAUUCAAUGAUUGUUCAUUUGAGAAAAGAAGAGUAAUGUUUGAAGAAGAAUUGUAAUUUCAGUGGGUUUUCCACCUUUGAUUGUAAUAUUUGAUUAUUUAUUUGUAGCGAUAUAUUAAAGCCUUAUAUUUAAGGUUAGUGUCAAUAAUCUAGUGCUAUGUUUAA